CAACGAUCUGGCAACGCUAGUUGAGUGUCAGUCCCAAAAGCGCAUCGACAACAAACGGGAAGCUACACGAAUUUUUCUAAGGUGUUGCGCAGUUGGGGACCAGAACGAAAAAGAAACCAGAAGAACAAUGAACAGCGAGGCAACUGGGGCAGCUAUACAGACUGGUGGAUCAGUCCACAACCAAGACACAGAUGAAUUGCUCGAUCCCGUUCUGGUGUCAGACAACAAUGGCCCAUAUAAAUUGAAAACGGUGCCCGCAUUUAGCAUUCACUUGCUUAUCUCGACGGUUAUUUCAAGUGUAGGCAUUGGGCUGGCGGUUGGCUUUCCUGCGGAUCGACGAUGUGAGGCGUACUUUAUAAUGCUCUACUUGCGCGCCACAUUCUGGGUGAUUACAUUUCUGCUCGAUAAGUUUACCAAGAAGCAACACGAUGAUUUACGCUUGAAUGGCUAUCAUGAUUUUCAUCGCGAGACGAAGAAGCAAACGGAUGUUCCUCUGCAAGUUGUUUCACUGUGGAAUUCGGCUCUGCUGGCCGUACAAGCGGCCAUCCAUCACUAUUAUGGCGAUGGGUUUGGGACGCAUUGCGCCGAAGGCUGGCUCUCGCCCAUUACUUACGUCACGGUUUUUAAUGUGGCCGAGAAUUUGGUGCUCACCGCCAGCCAUAGCUUCUAUAUAAACAAGGUGCGUAAAUUCAACAAGGCCAAGCUGUCGCCGGAUGUUUUACGUGGCGACAAUCGUGCCACUGGCUCCUUGGGCCUCAUGCAGCCUGGCGGCGAUACGGCCGAGCUGCUCGAGAAGCAAGCGGAUCUGAUUGCCUACUUGCGGGAUCACACCCACAAGCUGAACCAGAAGCUGCACCAGAUGCAGACGAGUGUGCGUCCAGUGAAUGUGCCGCAAAUUCCUUAAGGAUAUCAGGGGACAUGCAAUACGUAUUCCUUAGCAUCCUCAUCCUACAUUAAAUAUGCACAUCAACACAUA